AGCAACCUUAACGCAACAGCAGCAACAUCUCCUUGUCUUUCAGCAACCAACACUGCACCACCACAACGAUCUUCAGUCUCGUAAAAUCUCCCUAGAAGGUCUCGAUGCUGUCGUCUCUCGCUCGCCGCUCGCUGCCCGUGGCGCCUACAAUGGCGCGCGCCAGCUCGUCGCUCAUGUCGGACGUGCAUGGCACCACGCACGGCAAGAAACACUGGAAGAACAAGCCACUAUUCCGUCGCGGCGGCGACAAGAAGUUCCGGAACGGCCAGGAGGCCGCGGACAUGCUGACGGACGAGGUCAUUCGUCGUGAUCCCAACCAGGCCGAGUACGUCCAAGCCGUUCAGAACUUCGUCAAUUCCGUUGUCCCCGUCUUCGAUCGCUACCCGAAGUACGCAUGGGUCAUGAAGACACUCAUGGAGCCCGAGCGUCUCAUCCAGUUCCGUGUCCCAUGGAUCGAUGAUGAGGGCAGUAGCCGCGUUAACCGCGGCUUCCGUGUGCAGUUCUCGAGUGCUCUGGGUCCGUACAUGGGGGGUCUGCGUUUCCACCCGGAGACGACCCACGGAACCGCCAAGUUCCUUGGCUUCGAGACCAUUUUCCGCAAUGCCCUAGCCGGUCCGUACGGUGGUGCACACGGUGGAUCGGACUUUAACCCCAUGGACAAGAGCGAGUCCGAGAUCAUGCGCUUCUGCCAGAGUUACAUGACCGAACUGGCCAACUACAUUGGCCCUCACACGGAUGUCCCCACUGCAGGUGUCGGUGUGGGUCCUCAGGAGAUCGGAUACAUGUUCGGACAGUACAAACGUAUGCGUCAACUGCACCCUGGAGGCACGGAAGGAAUUCUGAGCGGAGGAGCUUACCACUACCCACAAGUCACGGGUUAUGGCGUCGCGCACUUUGCGAACCGUAUCCUGGAGACCCGUGGAGAGACGCUGAAGGGUAAACGCUGCCUCAUCUCGGGCAGCGGCACGGUGGCGCUUAAUGUUGCGCAGAAGUUGCUGGACCUUGGAGCUAUCCCCAUUGGAAUGAGCGACAACUUUGGCUACGUGAUUGAGGACCAGGGCUUCUCGAGCAAGAGUCUAGAGGAGCUUAAGCGUAUCAAGGAGGAGCGUAAUGCUCGUCUUGGGGCCUACAUCAUGUCGUCCACUACGGCCAACUACCAUCCGAGCGAGGAAGGCCGCCUGUGGGAGACGCCCUGCGAUUACGCUUUCCCGUGUGCCAUUCAGAACGACGUGGACGCUGAUGCUGUGCGUCUGCUAGUUAAGAACGGCUGCAAGGGAAUCUUUGAGGGCGCUAACUUCCCCUGCACGGAUGAGGCCAUUAGUCUCAUCAAGCAGCACGGUCUGGCUUUCGGUCCUAACAAGGCGUCCAACGGCGGCCAGUUCGCGCUGAUUACCAAGAGUCUGGGAUCGUCGACGCAGCUGUCAAACGACGAGGUGGACAAGAUCGUGAAAGAAUACAUGUACAAACUUCACGAUCGCGUGGCUGCUACGGCCGAGGAGUUCAACGCUGCGGGUGACCUUCACGUCGGUUCGAACAUCACGGCUUUCAUGAGUGUGGCCGCUGCCAUGUUCCGUCAGGGAGUCGUGUAAACAGAGAAAGCGAGACAGGAAGACACUGGUGCGCUGCAAAGAAUUCAGCGUGUGACUCAAUACAACUGAGUUUGUUUUUGCUUAUCAUUUAUUAUAGUUUUGGCAAAAGACGC